AUGAGCACUACCAAAGACGGCAACCUGCCUCCCAAGCCUGACGUCGAGUUUGAUUUCAAUCUUCCCCAUGGAAUGGACGUCGAAGAGAACGCGAAGGGUGAUGACCAGAGCAUCAACGACCACCACGCAGAUGAUGGGAUGCCGCAAGAUCCUGAUGUUGAUAUACAUGACGAAGAUAGCGGCGAUUUUCACAGCAAAGACGCAAGGCAUGGCCAGAAUUCAGCCCAACACGACAUGAACUACAAUACCCUCGAGGAGGGGUUUUCCGACGACGAGGAUGCUCCCAAAGCAUUCGACCGCUCGUGGACUGCUCAUCAAGCUCGGAGAUCUUCGCCCAAAAGUAAGAAAUCGCCGAGAACCGACGAUGGCGACGAUGAACCCAGUCCUAGGAGCAAGAAACCGCGCCAGUCACUUUUCGGGGGCUUGGCGGAGGAGGUCGAAGAAGACCAUUUCGACGAUCUUUUCGAAGAACAGCCUGACGAUCCCCUCCUAGAUGAGGAACUAGACUUACCCGAGACGGAGAUGCCCAGACAAAGCAUCGGCAACCGCAUGUCUAGUCUCAAUCUCGACCAACAAGAGAGAGAAGUCAGUCCGAUCGAUCAACAAUUCAACCUUGGCUUUGAGCAACCCGGAGACUCCGUCAGAGAAGGCAUGUCUUCAAGAGGAUCUCCAGCGCCAUCUGACGGCGAGAUCGUCAUUCCCCCAGAUACACAGCCGGCCUAUGGAUUGCGACAAGGCAUCGACCGAAAGAAGACCUACACUUAUGUCGAUCAGGAUGCUUCGGGCAACUUUGAUCCCGCGCAAGAGACACAGAACAAGGCACUGAAACUGAAGCAGGCGAAGGCUGCCAAAGCCGCCAAAGCCGCCCAUCGUUUCAAGAAGGGGAAGCAGCGCGCACCUCAGGAGAAUGUCAUGAAGUGCAUUGUCAGACUGCGCUUCGAAAACUUUGGCAACGUAAGGAACGUCACCAACGAGGAGGACAACUGGCCGGCUGAAUGGUCCGACGUUGAUUCUGAAGCUGAGCGGGAACUGCAAGAGUAUCGAGACUUCUUCCGCAGAAAGACUCCCGAUCGUACCAUACAGCAUCCGAUCGAAGAUCCCCGCGCCGAGGUCGAUGACCUGACAGGCCAUCCAGUAGCGCGAGGCUGCACAUCUUGUCGCAACAACGAGACGUAUUGCUCUUUAGUAGCAGGCGGUACAUACCCUUGCGAUCAAUGCUUCAAUUUGGCACAGGAGUGUGAACCAAUCAUCUCACCUACCGAGAAAGGCCGCUGCAAGCAAUGUGUCGAGGACCGCAACGAGCGCUGUUCUUUUGAAGACGAGCCCCGCCAAGCUAUCUGCGACCAUUGCGCCGAUAACGAGUACAUAUGCGAAGCGCUUCCGCCGGUGGAGUACCGUGCUGAGCGGAUCCGCAUCGAUGAAAUUAUCUAUACCCCAAAUCGGCCUCACAUACAAUGCACGCAUUGCCGCCUGGAGAAGAAGCGCUGCAGCCUGAAGAAGAAGACCGAUAAGCCCCCAUGCAAACGCUGCAAGAAGAACCAUAUCGGCUGCACCUUCCAAGACAUCCCGAAAGUCGUCAAAGAGAAGAAGAAAAGGGUGUUGGGACCGACUGAGGGAGACGCACCUGAAGUCGCUGUACCUGACCACGACUAUUUUACGAAGGAGGAUCUUGAGGAUUUGUACGGAGAGGACGUACCGAUGUUCUCAUGCUCUCCAACCCCCGAGCUCGAGAUGGAAGACGAGGCUGGCCACAAGGGUAAGCUGACGAAGAUCAACACCUGCUUCGCGCACCCCAUUCAGUUCGGUGGGCAGAAAAAUACUAGUGACUGCAAUUUCUGCGACAUACCCAACUUUGGGUUCACUGGGCUGUUCGAGAAAGAAGUCCAUGUCAUCGAAUGGCAUAACGGGAUGGGAUACACCGAGGUUGGUGGAGGACAUGCGGAGAACAGCAGCGGCGGUACGACUAUGUGCCAAGACUGCACGAUGGGCAGAGUGCAGAUUGUGGCUUGCGAAGGACACGAAAUUCAGCACAUUUUCCCCAACGGCAUGACCCCAGAUUUCGACCAGACAGCCGCCGAUCUCCUAGAGUCUGCUGAGACACCAGCAGGCUGUCAGCAACAGCUCCAGCGCUGGUGUUCGAUGUGCUUCACCCCUGCCACAUUUACCUGCUGCACACACCAGACAUCACUAUUCGACCAAGAGAUCGAGGGAUGCGGAUUGAAGCUCUGUAUCGGCUGCCAAGUCAGGCUCACACAAAAGUUCGACAACGACAGUAGCCUGAUGGCCGAGACACUGGAUCUUGAGCCGAAGGCUAGCGCGGAUGAAGACAUGGAUCCUGAGAACAGCAUGGUGGUUAGGGCAGACGUUGGUUUCCUAUGCCAGGAAGGUUUACUCAUGAGAAGCCUGGGACGUGAAGCGGAAGAGUCAGAACUUUGA